AUGUCAGAAUCCCCCGAAAGGCGUCAUUACAGACGAGAUUCCCGCUCACCCCGACGUAGAGAGUACGUAUCGAAGGGAGCAGGUAGGUCAUCGUCCAGAAGGAGAUCACCAGGUCCAUCGAAACCUUACGAUAGAAGACCGAGGGAUAAUGGGUAUGGAGAUAGGAAUAGGGUGAGGGAUAAUGAGAGUAAGAAAGGCUAUAGUGAGAAGGAUAGGGAGAAGGAAAGAGCAGUGGAUAGGAAGAGAUAUGAUGGGGAUGUGAAGAGGGAGGACCCAGACGCACCCACGGUCGAACCUGAAAAACCAAACUUUGGUAAUUCAGGUUUACUUGCCAAGGAGACGAAUACGAUCAAAGGUGUAGAAGUGAAAUACAACGAACCUCCAGAAGCUAGGAAACCAACAAAGAAUUGGAGACUUUACGUUUUCAAAGGUUCCGAGCAGGUCGAUCUUAUACAUAUAUAUAGACAGUCAUGCUACCUUAUAGGGAGAGAUACAGUGGUCACCGACAUACCCAUUGCUCACCCUUCUUGUUCUAAACAACAUUCUGCUAUACAGUACCGUCAGAUAUCGGAGAAGAAUGAAUACGGUGAUGUGACGACGACAGUCAAACCUUUCAUCAUUGAUCUGGAAUCUACAAAUGGGACGUACGUCAAUGACGUGGAAAUACCAAAGUCAAGGUAUUACGAACUGCGUGGUAGUGAUGUGAUCAAAUUCGGUACCAGUUCAAGAGAAUAUGUCUUAUUGGCAGAGGAUGCCUCAGCAUAA